UUGUAAGUUGCGCCAUCUAUUGACAUUUUUAUAACAAUGGUAUCUGUCAAAAAAAAAUCCUAACCUAUUACAAUCUACUGCCAACAUGUUUAUUUUAUUAAUUUCUCCUAAAUAAUCAUCGAAAACAUCGAAUUUCAAUUAUAUUUCAAGAUCUUAAAAUGACUUCCGCGUGCAGGCUGUGUUUAAAUUCAUCCUCGAGCGAUUAUCGCGACUACAAAAGUGUUGAUCAAAAGUACUUUGAGGUUGUCCUUCCAGAAAUCGACAUAACUAUGAUAAGUUCUCCUAUUUUUUGUAUAAAUUGCAUGGAAUUACUUCGUGCAGCCUAUUUAUUUAAAACGAGUUGUUUGGAAACUGAGCGGGUUAUAAAAACUUACAUAGAAAGAGUAGGUGGGGUUAAAAUUUCGUUAUCAGACGUUUUAAAGGAUCAAUCUGGAAUUAGUACGAAAGAGGAGGAUGUAAAACCUGAAGGUUUUGUUAAAUUAGAGAGUAAUAAUGAUACGGAAACGUUCUUUAAUGAUUUUUAUAAUGAUGAUAAUAGUAAUGACCAAGAGAAGCAUCAAUAUAAUUGUUCAAUUUGUAAUUUAGACUUUGAAGAUGAAGGAUCUUUAAAAAGACAUAAUCAUUUGCGUUCGUUACGAUGUGGAGUGUGCAAUAAAGACUUUUCGAACGGUUAUACUUUACGCCGGCACAUGUCAAGUCAUAAAAAAAAUAAUUUAGAUGAAAUUAACGACGAUAUUUUAAUCGAAAUGGAAAAAAACGUUCAAAAACACGAUCAAAUGUAUCCUAACGGCGUUGAUAUUUGUGUUUUAACCUGCGAAAUAUGCCGGGAAAGCUUUGAUACAAAACUAAUAUUGUUGGAACAUGUUAAAUCUCACUUUGCAGUGAAUUGCGAGCGUUGUGGGAGAUUUUAUAAAGACUGCGCGUUGUUGGAUGUUCAUUUGGAGGAAUCUCAUCAGGUGAAAGCGGAGCGAAAAUUAUUUUCUUGUGAUAUUUGUUUAAAAACGUUUGCGCUCCGAAAAAGUUUAUUAUUUCACGUGCGGAGUCAUUUCGAACGUCCUCGAUGUACAAUUUGUGAUAAAAUGUAUUACGAUUUGAACUGCUUAAAGCGCCACAUCAUUUCGAUACAUAAAAAUAGUAAAUUUAAAAUAAAAAACGAAGAUACCGAAUCGGAUGAAUUUGAGGACGUCGAUUUCGAAAUCGACGACACAAAUUUAUUUAAAACGUUACGAAUUUAUUUAGAAAAAUUUAAAAAUAAUCAAUGUGAUUUUUGUAACAAAACUUUUAAAGAAAACGAGGAAUUUAAUGAUCAUUACUUAAAAGCGCAUUUUUCACGGCCUUUGUGUAAAAUUUGUAACAAAGGAUUUAUUAAUUCGGUUUGUUUAAAAAAGCACAACCUCAAAGUUCAUAAAGUUGAGGAUUUUAGUGAAAUUGCGGUUCAAAAAAUUAAAUUGGAGUGUUUUAGCGAUCAAUCGAUUUUGGAUUUUUGCACGAAUUGUAAUAAUUCGAUUUGUAAUUGUAAAAAUAAUUUGAAAUGCCCAACUUGUGGUAAAAUAAUGGGGACGAAAUCGUCGUUUAUUCGGCAUAAAUUAACCCACGCAAAACGAAAAAACUUCAUUUGCGAUUUUUGCCAAAAAUCUUUCUUAACUAAACUUUAUCUUCAACGACAUAUAAACACGACCCAUUUAGGUGUACCUAGAAAAAGAACUUCCAAUAACAUUUUUACAUGCGAUACGUGCGGUUUAACAACAAAUAACAAACAUACUUUAAUUCAACAUAUAAGAACACACACAGGUGAGAGACCGUAUAAAUGUGAUUUAUGCGGAAAAGCUUUCGUUCAAAGCAGCACUUUGGGGACACACAAAAGAACGGUGCAUUCAACAGAACGCCUUUUCACGUGCGAAUAUUGCAGCAAAUCGUUUAACACAAAAGGAUCGCUAACUAAACAUAUUCUAGAGGUCCAUAUGGUCGAUAAAAUCGAAAAGAAAUUUUCGUGCAAUUUUUGCGGAAAAAAAUAUCGCUUACAAAGCCAAUUAACGUGCCAUUUGAAAUGGCACAGCUCAGAAAGACAAUUUAGUUGCGAUAUUUGCGGGAAACCGUUUGUCGAUAGACAUUCAGUGAAGAAACACAGGGUUAUACAUUUUAGUGAGAAACAACAUAAAUGCGAGAUUUGCGGUAAAGGCUUCCAUCAAAAGUACAACAUUAAAAUACAUAUGAAAGUUCAUUCGAGGGUACCCUGAAAGUUAAUUUAUUUUAUAACGAAAUAAUUAAUUGUUUAUUUGCUUUAACAAUUGUAUAUAUUUCGCUUUUAAUAAAGAAAAAUCAGUUUAAA